CUGCGCAAGCGGACAUGUCUCGUAUGUGACGCUGAGAAGGGCAUCAACCAGUUCCCAAGCCAGAAAAGGGUCUCGUCACAUGAGCACGAUCAGAACGUCUGUCGCCCUUGCUACCUAAGCCACCUGGAGAUCGAGAUCGACUCGAAGAAUUGGGACGAGGUUGCCUGCCCAGAAUGCCCGACCGCGUUGACCUUCACAGAAGUCAAGGAUAUGACGACUGCGCAAAACUUUGCCAAAUACGAGCAAGCAUGCAUCAAAGCGACUCUUGCGGCAGACCCUGACUUUAGACAUUGUCUUUCAACAGCCUGCGAGUCUGGUCAAUUGCAUCCUGGCGGCGCAGAUGAGCCCAUCUUCCGCUGCCGAGAAUGCGGUCACAAGCAUUGUGUUGCUUGCGAGGCGAAUUGGCACGAGGACCAGACAUGUGAGGAAUCCCAGGCUGCACGUCAGCGAGACGCCGAGAACGAGCAGUCGCAGCAAGAGGUGGAAAAGGUUUCGAAGCCAUGCCCAGAGUGUCGUGUUCCCAUCCAAAAGAACGAUGGCUGUGACCACAUGACUUGUUAG